UAAUUGAAGUAUAUAAUUAUGCUAAGUAUACAGAGUUGUUUGAAUUAAAGAACCCACUGUAGGAUUUAUCAUUUAUUUCUUUUAUAGACAUUGUAUUGGCUGCUGUUGCUAUUAGCACAGUGCUAGUUAGCUGCUUCUCUUUCUUCUUCUUUCAUUUUUCUUCUUCUCAUCUGUCAAACCACUUCCCAGAGGUUUUCAGGAAGUACAAAUGUAUGCUGGUAUCUGUUGACAUUGCACUGCUGACAGUAAACACUGAGCUGUGCCAACAGCCUCCUACAGUAUAUGUAUUCCAGCUCAUCAAAAAGACAUGAGGGCUUUCACACAGUGUCAUACUCCUGCAUCUCAGUUUGGGUUGACCUGCAGGCCCUUUUUAUUUUGAUUUGUCUGGUCACCAAAACAAGAAUCUCAAUGUGGAUGUGACACAGAAUGAAACUGAAAAUACUGCAUAAUGGACUGCCUACUUUCUUCUCUCACAACCCUCUUCACUAUUAUGCUUUUCAGCCCCCAUCCAUGCCUAUCACGCACUUGACUGGACUGGCUCAACUAGUUUAACAGUAUAUGGCAUGCAAACAACUGCACUCAUAAGGAAAGCUGAUAAGAGGGGCAGGACCAAUGCAUUUAUCGUAAAACAGCAGUGACAUUGCUUUUUGUACUGAUUACAAAGGCUAUAAAUCUUAGAGCUCAGUGACAUGAUGACGACAGCUACACCAGCCCACAUCAGCUCAGAACUGAAACUUGUUGUGCAUUUAAACCUUGCUUCAGACAGAGGAUGGACGCACAACAACAGGACAGGCUGAUCACAUGACCUGCAUGGAGAAAAGAUAAUGGCGCGUGUCCCACAGCUGCUCUUGGAAACUUUAGAGGAACUGGUUGCUGAACAGCUGAGGACCUUCCAGUUUUUUCUUUUCAGUGAUGUUCUUGAAGGAUUCCCACAUAUUCCAAAGUCUCGGGUUGACAGCGUGGACAGGCCAGGCACUGUGGAUGUUUUGGUGCAGACAUAUGGCUAUGAUGAUGCUGUUACUGUCACAGUGGAUAUACUGGUGAGGAUGAAACUAAAACUGUGCGCUGAAAAAUUAAAGAAGAAGUACGAUCAAGUUCCAAGCAAUCAACCUGGCAAAGGAAUCGACCACCAUGCAAUCCGAGACAAACUUAAAUCCACUCUGAGGGAAAAGUACCAAAAUAUUUUUGAGGGGAAUGCAGAUGAAGGGGACACUGUCUACCUCAACAAAAUCUACACUGAACUGCGCGUGAUCGAAGGAGCUUGGGGAGGCUUCACCGAGGAGCAUGAGGUCAGACAGCAGAGGUCCAGCCAUGUCACAACAGAAGAAACAUCAAUUAAGGUUGGCAACAUUUUCAAACCCAAGCCCAACCAAGAGAAGCACAUCAGAACUGUGCUUACCCAGGGUAUCCCUGGAGUGGGUAAAACUGUCUGUGCACAGAAGUUUACCCUGAGCUGGGCAGAAGGAGAUGAAAAUCAGGACAUCACCUUCCUCUUCCCACUUCCUUUCCGUGAACUGAAUCCCAACAUAGGCGAAAAAGAACACAGUCUGAUGCAGCUGCUUCACCAGUUCUUCCCUGAGAUGAAACCUCUUGAGACUCUGGGAACAGAAUGCAAAGUCUUGUUCAUCUUUGACGGCCUUGACGAGACUCUCCUGCCUUUGAACUUCAAGCACAACAAGGUCUUGAGAGAUGUGACAGAGCCAGCUUCACUGGAUGUCCUGAUCACAAACCUCAUCGCGGGCGAUCUGCUUGGGAACGCCCUCAUCUGGAUCACAUCCAGACCCGCAGCGGUCGGCCGUAUCUCUCGAAAACACAUCCAUCUGUGGACGGAAGUCAAGGGCUUCGCUAAUGAACAGAAGGAGGAAUACUUUAAGAAGCGUUUGUGUGACGAUAACCUCGCCUUCAGAAUCAUCAACCAUGUGAAGUCGUCAAGAAGCCUCUACAUCAUGUGUCAAAUACCAGUUUUCUGCUGGAUCACAGUGACUGUGAUGAAGAAAAUGUUGCGCGACAACUUGACAAGAGGCAUGCCCAAUACCCUGACAGAGAUGUAUGCAUAUCUCCUUCUCUGCCAGACAGACAGGAUGAUAGAAGGGCACUACCCAAUAGAAAGUGUCAAUGUAGUCUUGAAGCUAGCAGAGCUGGCGUACCGUCAACUGGAGAAGGGCAAACUGAUCUUCUACGAGGCAGAUCUGAAAGAAUGUGGCAUGGACGUCAAAGAGGCAACCAUCUACUCAGGAGUUUGCACCGAGGUAUUUAUGAUGGAGGGCACGAGGAGGCGAGAAGUCUUUAGCUUCAUCCAUUUGACCAUUCAGGAGUUUCUGGCAGCUGUGUAUGCUCAUCAUUCCUACAUGCAUAGAAAGGAUAAUGUUGUUCUUGGAUACCUGAAAAGGAUGUCUACAAGAUGGCUCCCCAAGUCUGUGUUCAAUUUUCACAAAACCACCAUUGAAAAAGCCUUGGAGAGUAAGGACGGACGCUGGGACCUCUUCCUUCGCUUUCUCAUGGGACUGUCGCUGAAGUCAAACCAGGAGCUCCUGGGUAGAAUACUUCAUUUGGAAGCAGAAGGAGAGGAAGAUGUGGCAAGAACUGUCCAGUUCAUCAAGGACAAAAUCAAAGAGGAACCAGAGGCCAAGCUCAACCUCUUCCACUGCCUGAGCGAGCUCAAAGAGGAGUCUUUGGUGCAGGAGAUCCAGAAUUUUGUGAGUUCUGGGAGGCUCGCAGCCAAAAAACUGACUCCGGUUCAGUGGUCUGCACUCACAUUUGAACUGAUGACGUCAGAGGCAACAGAGGAAGAGUUCGACUUGAAGAAGUACAUAAGAUCUGAAGAAGGAGUGGCGAAGCUGCUGACUGUCAUUACAUCCUCCACACGUGCUCUGCUAAAUCACUGUAACCUCACUGAGAACUGCUGUGAAGGUUUGGCCUCUGCACUGAGCUCAACCUCCUCUCACCUGACAGAACUGGAUCUGAGUGACAACAGCCUGCGGGAUUUAGGGGUGAAGCUGCUUUCUGUUGGAUUAGGAAGUCCACACUGUAAAUUGAAGAAGCUAAGAUUACAUAAGUGUGAACUGGAAGGAGUCUGCUGUAAGGCACUGGCUGGUGCUCUUGGCACAGAGUCAACCCAACUUACAGAACUGGACCUGAGUGCUAAUGACUUCCAGAAAACAGCAGUAAAGGCUCUGUGUGUGGGACUCUGCAGCCAUCACUGUAAACUGGAAACACUAAGGUUGAAUGAUUGCAAGCUGAAAGACAGUUGCUGUGAAGACUUGACUUUAGUUUUAAGCUCAGGCUCAUCUCACCUGAAAAAUCUUGACCUGAGCAACAACAGUCUGAAAGAUUCUGGUGUAUGUCUGCUUACUGCUGGACUGGGGAGUCCACAUUGCAGACUGGAAACACUCAGGCUCGGCUGGUGUGGCCUAACACAGAAAUGCUGCAAUCACAUUGGCUCAGCUCUCAGCUCUGACUCCGCCCUCCUAAAAGAGCUGGACCUGAGUGGGAACAACCUGCAUGGUCCAGACAUUCAGAUGCUAUGCGCUGGGCUGAGAAGUCCAAACUGUAAACUGGAGAAAUUAAGGUUAAAUGAAGGCAAUCUACAGAAAUGCUGUGCUGAUUUUGCCUCAGUCCUCAGCUCUGAUUCCUCUUACCUGCAAGUCCUCGAUCUGAGCGAGAACGACCUGCAAGACUCAGAGGUGAAGCUACUCUCUGCAGGACUGGCAAGUUCACACUGUAAACUGGAGACGUUAAGGCUGUCGUUCUGCGGAGUCACUGGGAAAGGCUGCACCUAUUUGGCUUCAGCGCUGAGCUCCAACCCAUCCUGCCUGAGGCAGCUGGACCUCAGCUACAACUUCCUGCAGGACUCUGGAGUGAAGCUGAUCUCAAUCCAUCUGGACAACCCGCUGUGUAAACUGGAAAAACUCAGUGUGGAGCACAACGCAGAGUGCUACUUGAAAUCAACAUUGAAAAACUAUGCAUGUACUCUGACGUUUGAUGCAAACACAGCUGCCAAGUCUCUCUUCCUGUACGACGGGGGAAAGCAGGUGACGUGGGUCAGGGAGAGACAGCAGUACCCGGAUCACCCCGAGAGGUUUGAGAGUGUCGACCAGUUGCUCUGUCUCCAAGACCUCACCCGGCGCCACUACUGGGAGGUGGAGUGGCGGGGACGCUGGGUGGAUGUCGCCGUGGCGAUGAGGGGAAUCCGUCGAAGGGCAAGCUCUCACCUCUGUGGGUUUGGCAGAACAGACCAGUCCUGGAGUCUGUACUGCUCUGAGGAUCGCUACAUCGCUCAGCACAACAGCCAGUCUGUGGAGAUACCGGCACCUCUCUCUCGCUCCCACAGGGUUGGAGUCUAUUUGGACUGGGCUGGUGGCACCCUGUCCUUCUACAGCGUCUCCUCUAGGACCCUCAGUCACCUUCACACGUUCUACAGCACUUUCACUGCGCCCCUCUACGCCGGGUUUGGGAUGGCAGAGGAAGACUGCUCUGUGAUAAUUUGUACAGAGCAGGGCAUGCCACAAUUAAUUUCUCGCUCAGCUAGUGCAGAAAGAGUUGUUGAGUUUUAAGUGCAGACGAUGACAGAAAAGAUUUCAGUUUAAUGGAGGACAUAGUGGACACAGACAUAAUGCUGGAAAAAGGAGAAUUAUGAAUUUACAGUCAGGCUCUAUGAACUUGCUGAUUUCAAACUUCAUUUGUAGAUGUCGAUGAAAUGUAUAGCCUAUGUAUGUAUACAAGCAUGGACACUGUAAGAAGGGUUACUGUAAAUUUGGUAGCAUCUUUCAUUAAAAAGGUUUCUCUCAAUAGCCAACUGCAAACUUUCAGCUGUAAUUUCCUACAUGCACACGAAUGCAUCACACACUGACAUGCUUUUCAAAUCCAAUGCAGCCAGUGAAGAAAGGCAAAAAUCAUCCAACAAGAUCCUGAAGGCUCUGUGGGGCUGUACAACAUGGAUGUAUUAAUAGACUUCUUCAAGCUGCUUGUAUUGCAGUUGUUACAAUCCCAUCUGAAAGAUAUGGACAUUUCAAAAAACAAUAAUGCAAAUUUGGUAACAUUUUUUGGCUGAACCGCAAUAGUGGGGCCAGCCCUAUAAUGGAGGCUGACUGACUUACUGAGUGAUUAUAGUUCCACUGUUGGUCAGCCUAAUGCCAUGUGACUGAAUUGGAGUUUCCCCAUUGGCCAUUGCCCUUUCAAAAUGAUUUGGCGCAAACGGUUUCAAUUAGGGCAGCGUUAACAACCUGUAGUGUUGGCUGUGCUAACUGCUAAGCUAAAGAGCCUUGCAAAUCUGGAUAGCAUGUAAACAACAGAAACACCAGCAACUGGAAAUGAGACGAUUCACUUACUGCAGCACAGUAAUAAAAGCCCUGUUAACUAAUAAAGGGUUUCUGUCCACUGAAAUGCUAGAAGGCUUUUAAUUUGAAAAAAUUGUGGGAGGUGUUUAGUUUGUAUAAGACAUUAUGCAGUAACUUUAAGAUGGUAACCAGGGGGAAAUGACCAAUUCUAUGUUAAACAGAGUGAAUAAGAAAAAAACACCUGCCUCUAAUACAAGCCUAUCUCAAAUAAAAAUCUGAUACCUUCUUCAGGUGAGGUAAAUAAAGGCCCCACCCACUUUUUGAGGAAAUGCAGUAGUUGAAAGGGCAUGAAAAAGUGGAAAAACUAGCUAAACAAGUACUAAGGAAAGGAAAUAUAAACAUCACUAUUAAACUAUCCAAACCAGAGGGAAAGAGCAUCACAAGGUAAAAUAUCCACACAGUACAUGCAAAUACAAAUUUCAUGACAGUUGUACGGAAGCCGUCAUACUUGCAAAUUUGUUUUUAUCCUGUUAUCUUAAGAUAACAAGUCUCGUAAAUCCCAGUAAGUCUCCUCCUUAGCAACAAUCCUCAGUAACUUGUUAGCUGACGAGGACUGAUCUGAAAAUGAUCUUGUUUGAAAAGACACAAUGUGAUUUCUGCCUUUGAUUGAAAUAUUUUCUGAUGCGUUGAUCAAUGCAUAGUUCGGAAAUUUCAGUUUACAGCAAGUCUACAUACUGGCUUGGCACAUCUGGUCUGUAAUUAAUAAUGUAAUGUACAAUGACAAAAUAAGUUUUGUUAUCUCGAGAUAACGGGAUAAUUAUCUUGUUAUCUCGGGAUAACUAGUUUGUUAUCCCGAGAUAACAGGGGGGAAAAAAAUUGCAAGUGUGGCCUUUCUCGUCUACCGUUCAAUCCGUCUGUGAGAUAUUUCCCUCAAAACCCCAAAUAUCAACCUCAAGGUGGUUCCAAAGGAAAAGUCCAGGGAUCACAAAAGUCACUGAUUCAUCCUCUGGGCAUCAUGAAUAACCAACAGUUGUCAAAACAUUAACAAACCCUCUGACCUUGCUAAUCACUAAGUACAAAUACUCAUGGUGAAAAUAUGGAGGAAAUUGUAAUCUUUGUAAUCUUUCUGAAUCUUUUAGGAGAAACAUUUUCUUCCAGGGAAGAGUGAAUUAUUGUUAGUGGAAAUCGCAGCCAAUUCUGAGUCUUGUAAUGUUAUUUUCCUUGAGCUGUGGAGC